GCCGGCUGCAGGCCGGCUGCAAUUAGCUUAACACCGACUGGUUGUGGCUGCCGCCGACGACGAUGAGCUUGUUCCACGACCCUACGGCGGCGUCCACGCCAUACAAGGAUCCGACUCCUCUCCCCGAUGACAUUCCCAAGGUCAACGAAUUGGGAGCGACCAGCGCACCUCUGAAGAGCGCUUCGUUCUUCAUUGGAGCUCAUUGCAAGGAGUUCAAUGAGGACUUCAUGCUAUGCAAGCAGGAGAGCCGCGAUCCCGCACAUUGUCUCAAGGAAGGACGCAGGGUGACCCGAUGUGCAGCUGACUUAAUAAACAAGCUCCGUGAAAACUGCUUCAAAGAGUUCGAGGAACACUGGAAUUGUCUAGAGUAUAACAACCAGGAAUUCUAUCCCUGCCGCAAACCUGAACGGGCACUCAACAAGUGCGUCUUCGAGAAGAUGGGUCUGACGAAGACCAUCCCUGGGACACCCGAGGGCAAAACACCGGUGCAUGAGCUUACGAACCCUGUCUUCAAGCGUCAGCAGAAGUAGAGCGCUCUUGUUCUAUUCUGCGCAUGGGAUUAUCCCUCCCCAGGGGGCUUUAAUGCAGACGCUGUGCUUCUGGGGCUGGCUCUCGUGUCGUAGCUGUCCUGGAGCCCUUCUGACUCCUGCCAAUAUUGCUAUACAUCAUGAAUAGAAGCAGCAAGACAUGCACCCGGCCGUGUCGCGGCGAGUAUAUCAGCUGUCUUUGAGUGGAACGCUAUGAAUUCAACAACCCUAUGG